CCCCCCCCCUCUUUCUUGCUUCUUUUUCACUCAACUCUUUUGUAUCUUCAUACUUCAUGUUCAUAAUGUCCUAAGCUCAAACCCACAAUCUUUUCUACCAAAAAAACAAAAAAAAAAAAAAAAUCAAUCUUUCUUUCUUAAAAAAACUACAGUCUUUACCUAAGCUCACACCCACAAUCUUUCAAUCCAAAAAAGCAAAAAAAGUUUCAAUCUUUCUUGAAAAGCUACAGUCUUUACAAGUAUUUAGAGUGAAAAUGGUUAUAAAGAAACCAAGAAUAGUGAUAAUAGGGGCAGGUAUGUCAGGGCUAACAGCUGCAAACAAGUUAUACAAAUCUGGUGUCAAAAAAGGAGCUUUUGAGCUUUGUGUUGUUGAAGGUGGUAACAGAAUUGGAGGGAGGAUCAACACCUCAGAGUUUAGUGGUGACAGAAUUGAGAUGGGUGCCACGUGGAUCCACGGGAUUGGAGGAAGCCCAGUUUACAAGAUUGCUCAAGAAAUCAAAUCUUUGGAAUCAGAACAACCAUGGGAAGGCAUGGAUGGGUUUCUUGAUGAUCCAAUCACCAUUGCUGAAAAUGGGUAUGUGUUAGAUUCAUCUCUUGUUGACCCAAUUUCAAAUCUUUUUAACAAUUUGAUGGCUUUUGCUCAAGGGAAUGGGAAUGGGAAUGGGAAUGGGAAUGGGAAUGGGAGUUCAAGUGUUGGGUGUUUUUUAAAAAAGGGUCUUGAAUCUUACUGGAAAGUGGAAUCAAGGAAAGAAAAAGAAGGGGUGUUUGGAUGUGGGGAUAUGAAUAAGAAGCGGUUAGAAGAGGCGAUUUUCGCGAUGUACGAAAACACUCAAAGGACUUACACAGCUGCUAAUGAUUUGGAUAAUCUUGAUUACUUAGCAGAAAGUAAGUAUGUUAUGUACCCAGGUGAGGAAAUCACCAUUGCUAAAGGGUAUUCAAGUGUUAUAGAAUCAUUAGCAUCUGUUUUACCACAUGGGGUCAUUCAGUUAAACAAGAAAGUGAAUGUUAUUGAGUGGGAGAAUGAAUGUGUAAAGGGUAAAAUGGGAAAUAAAGCAGUGAAGAUUCACUUUCUUGAUGGUACAAGCAUGUCAGCAGAUCAUGUUGUUGUCACAGUUUCUUUAGGAGUUCUUAAAGCCGGAAUCUUUAACGAAAACGACGAUUUGGGUAUGUUUAAAUUCAAUCCACCGCUUCCGGAUUACAAGAUUGAAGCGAUUUCAAGACUCGGGUAUGGUGUCGUUAAUAAGCUUUUUUUGAAACUAAGUCCUGAGUUUAAUCUUGGUGUUGACCGGUUUCCGUUUCUACAAAUGGUAUUCCAUAAAUCCGAUAAUCCCGUUAAGAACGUGAAAAUUCCAUGGUGGAUUAGGAGGACGGCAUCUUUGUCACCGAUUUAUAAAGAAUCGAACGUGUUACUGUCGUGGUUUGCAGGUGAAGAAGCGCUUAAGUUAGAAUCACUUCCGGAUGAAGUGAUUCUUGAUGAGGUUUCUACAACCAUUUCUAGCUUCUUUUCUCAUGAAAGAAGUGAUGGGAAUGUUUUAUUUGACAAGGUUUUGAAAAGUCAAUGGGGGAGUGAUCCAUUGUUUAUGGGGUCAUAUAGUUAUAUUGCAACCGGGUCAAGUAUUGCGGAUAUGGAUAUAGUGGCCGAGCCAUUGCCAAACACAAAGGUUUUCGAGUCAACGGGUGAUUCACCGCCACUUCAAAUUCUAUUUGCAGGAGAAGCCACACAUAAAACUCAUUACUCGACAACUCAUGGCGCUUAUUUGAGUGGUAUUAGAGAAGCCAAUAGACUUCUUCAACACUAUCAUUGUAUUGAUGUAUGAGAGUACGCUUGUUUGGAUUGUUAGAUUCACCAGUUUUUUUUUUUUUUUUUUAUUAUUUAAUUUUGAACA